AAAUAAAAUAAUAAAUUUAAAGAAAGAACUAGGAAGUGACAUACAGACCUGAUUUGAAACAAAAUAAAGGCACUUAUCAGAUAUCACCUGUCAGAACCCUGAGUAGUUCCAGGGGCAGAAUCUGGGUUUCUAGUGGGAGAGGUGAAGAGAAGAUAUAGAUUGUCUUCCAUAUUUGAAGAUAUUAUGUAGAAGAGAGAUGAGACUUAUUUUUCCUAGGGAGCAGAAAUAGGAAUAAUGGGUGGAAGAGAGGCAGAUUUUGAUUCAAUAUAAAAACACAUUUCUUGAUUAUCACAAUAAAAAAAAAACAAAAAAACAAACAAACAAAAAAACAACGGAAUGUGCUGCUCUGAGCAGCAAUGAGUUCUCCAUAGGCAGAACUCUUUAAUGGAGUAUAGGUAAUUAUAUGAUAAGCAUGUUUCAGAGGGGAUUCAAGCUUCAGGUAGGAGACUGAACUAAAGGACCUUUGAGAUUUCUUUCAUCCCUGAAACUAUGAUUUUUAAAUAUUUCUUUAGCUAGAGCAAUAUAAGAUUUGCCUAGAACACCAACUACUUUUCUGAACCUCAGAUUUGCCUGGAAUAGAGGCAGUUCUAAUUAAUUAAAUUAACCCCAAGUAGUGUGGAGGGGCAAGGGGAAAGUCCAUUUAGGUAGUGUAUAAGCAAAUGGUUAUAAUGGUGACUGGGGUUUUCAAAAAGAGGGAGAUUCUUUUUAACGUCCACUUGAAACCAUAUGAAACAAUUUUUUUAAAGGGGCCAAGAUAGAUAACAUCUAGAAUCAGUCAAAUGGUACAAUGAUCAUACAUUAAAAACAAACAAACAAAACAAAACAAAAAAAACCAAGAAUACCACAGGCGUACAUAUCCAAAAUGCAGGUGAGGGGCAUGGGGGAAGGGGAGGAAAAUGAGCAUAAAUCCAGAUAGGCAAACAGGGUCCUCUCUGAAAGGUAAGUUUUAGGAGUUUCUAAGUUUUGUUCUUUUUCUCUUCUAUUUCAGGAGUUUGCAAAGCAGAAUUUGAAAAUCUAGUCCUAUUAUGGUCUUUCUUUAAUCCCUGGACUGAAGAGUCAAAGUUUUCCUCCUUUACUUGUUCCCUCUCAGUCUUCUAACUUCAGAAAAAAACUUCAUCAUUGAAUGAACUAGUGCAUUACUGAGGAUAGCCUCAUAAACUUUAGCUCUGAGUAUUUAGGAAAAGAGACCCCAGUUUUGGAAAACAGAAACAAAAAUAUUUAUGAAUACUUUCUGGUUCUAAAUUUCAGUGAAAUUAUAGCAACUUGAUAAUCUUGUGAGAAAACUGUCAGAAUGGAUCCAAAUUUUCUUUUUCUUUCUUCUAAAUCUCAGACAUAUUCUCACAUGGGAGAAUCAAUGAAAGAAGAGGGAAGCAGCCCAUCUUCCAGAGGAUGUGGGCAAGACUCACCCAUUUCCUGGGACCAAAUUACCAUUUCUAACUUUGUUGAUUCUGACUGGUUUUGUGAUGAACACAUACAAGCUAAAAGGGCUAGAGUAGAAACUAUCAUACAAGGCAUGGCUCUUUCACCAAACCCACUGGUAACCUCAAGCAAUUCCAGAGAAAAGGAUAGUGGCCAUCUCACAGAAAAAAGUAGGGAGAAUAAGAGGAAACAAAAACUUCCUCAGCAGCAGAAUCCCCAGGGGGAAGAAUACUCAAGGGCCAGCAGAGAAAACUGGAAGAGAGAAGGUCCUCAUUUUAAGGAACAACUUCAAAUGCUGCAGCAGCAGCUAAGACAUCUUCAAGAAAGACUCUUCCAGCUUUCUGAGCACAGUGUCUUAGUUCAAAGCCAAAAAGCUACUGAAAAGAAAAAAGAUUCUUUAAAAUACAAGAAUGACUCAAAUGACCUUUGGGCUAUAGGCACUGAUCAGUAUAAAGAUCUCAAAAAGAACUUCACCAAAGGAGAGAAACCCAAAAUUUCUGAAGAGGAAAGCCAAUCUAGGACUCCCUGGUUGAUAACUUAUGAAGAGAAAACUCUAUCAGAGAUAUUAAAGAAAGAAUUAACUGGGGCUGUGUCACAGGUUGUAGAUUCAGUCUUAAGAAAAGUAUUUACAAAGCCAUCAGGUCACCAGAUUCAAUUGAUAAAUAGCAUCCAAGUGCCAGGACAGGACAAAAAAAGUAGUUAUUCUAUCAUUACAGGGAACACAAAGAAAGAUCAGUUUUCUAUGGAAGGUUCCCAGAACAUGGCACAAUUACAAGCUGAAGCCCAAAUGAGUGCUUUGUCAUUGUCCAUGAAGAAGUAUUCAAAUUCUUUAGGGCAUCCAGUCAAUUCAAGAAUGAACCAGAAUCUAUACCAGAAUCCUUCAGCAAAUUUAGCUAUGACUUCUCACAUUCAAGAGAAACAGAUGCUUAGCCAACUAUUAGGGUAUGGACAAAAUGCCCAUUGGACUUCUAGUUCUCCCCAAAUUUCUUCCUCUCAAGAUAUUUCCUCACCACGGUCUCUAGAUCUGUCCUGGAGUGCUGUUAAGCAGCAGUUACCAAGCAUGAGUCAGCAGCAAUACCCACUGUCCUUUACCUCUAGCCAAGUAGAAAAUCUGACUCUUCUUCCAACAGUGAAGAUGGAACAUGGAAACCUGAAGACCAACACAGAUGUGAUCCCUUUCUCUUCUGUCCAUAUAUCCUUUACUGAAAUCCAGGAGGGGCUAACCCCUGGACACUUGAAGAAGGCCAAGCUGAUGUUUUUUUUCACCCGUUAUCCAAGCUCUAGCCUCCUGAGAGCCUAUUUCCCUGAUGUUCAGUUUAAUCGCUGCAUUACCUCCCAGCUCAUUAAGUGGUUCAGUAAUUUUCGUGAAUUUUACUACAUCCAGAUGGAAAAAUUUGCCCGACAAGCUAUCUCUGAGGGAAUCACAAAUCCGAAUGUGCUGAAAGUUCUUAGGAAUUCAGAACUCUUCCGGACCCUCAACAUGCAUUAUAAUAAGGGAAAUGACUUUGAGGUCCCAGACCAGUUCCUGGAAAUUGCCAGCCUGACACUGCAGGAGUUCUUCAAUGCUGUCACAGCAGGGAAAGACUCAGACCCCUCCUGGAAGAAACCCAUUUAUAAAAUCAUUUCAAAACUGGACAGUGACAUUCCUGAGAUAUUCAAAUCUUCCAACUGUCCACAGGAGCUAUUUCAGAAUUAAGAAUCUACUAGAGGAAAGGAGUUGUCCUUUUUCAAGGCAAGAAAUGCAGAAUAAUGUGCCAGAAAAAUACUGGUCUGGGCUUAACAUGCAUUUGUAUGAAAGUGCAAAGAAUAUAUAGCUUUAGUGA